CUCCUCCUCCUUCUCCCUCAACAUCCCCACCCUAGCACCCUCGUUCCAUCCUAAUGAAGUCCUUCGCUUCGCUCACACUCUUUUCACUCACAGCCGCCGCCACCCUCGCCAGCGCCGCGCUGACCCCGUCCCGCACGCAGUCCACCGCGCGCCACGCCGAGCAGCUGCAGGCUGCCGCGCGUGAUACCGCACGCGGCGACAUGGCUGCGUACAACCGUGCCUUCGAGCCGGUGACGAACGCGAAGCGCAUGGCGCGCGGUCUGCCCCCGCUCAAGCCCCGGCGUCGCGGUGCCCACACUGCCCGCGACGCGGCGUCGUCGACACCCGCCCAGCUCACCCAGCGCUGCAACAUCGCGGUCACCUCCCUGACCACAGGCAACUCUCUCGGGUUCAUGAACCGGCAGACGGCGAACUACAUCUUCUACGACUUUUUGUCCGCGACGCAAACCGCGGCGGACACGAUGAUCGUGAGCUUCGGCUACACACCGGGGCAGGUCAGCCGGGGACUCGACCUCCGCGUCGAGAACCCCGCCACGGCGUUCAUGAACUACUUCGGCGCGAUCGCGUACCAGGGCCAGAGUGCGAGCAUCGCCGCGGGCGCCCAGGUCGCGCCCGCGACGCAGUCGAGUGGCUUCGAGAGCGCUGUGUGGACGUACGAGCCCGCCAGCGGCAACAUCGGCGCGCUGUGGUACGACCCGGCCUCCGGCACGACGAUCGACUAUGGCAUCUACUACCUCGGUGGUGCGUAUGGACGCUUGAAGAUCGGGCAGGUUUGCUGAUUUUAUGUGUGGCUCGUUCCUCACCGCGGCGUCCCCGCCUACGGGCUUCGGGACCAAUGUCAUGCCCGUGAAAUUCACUUGUGUCACGGCACCAGCCAUCCCGCCUGCUUAAGGCGCGCACUAGACAGCUCUCGCAUACCAUAUAUAUCUCCGACGUAGUUUACAUUACGCGCACGGUCUCUAAAUAUAAAUACACGUGCCUUCACCCUCUUUCACAUGCCUAUGACU